UCAUCUCUUUUACAAUUUCUUUGUGCAGAAAUAUGGGUCAUCUAAUAUAUUUGCUUGGAUACGGUGGACAUUGGGUUAACCGAGGUGAUAAUAGUUUGAAAUAUGUUGGUGGAGUUCAAACAUUUGUAUCAGUUAGUAAAAAAAUAAAGUUUGAUGGAUUUGUUGAAGCAGUAUGCUCUCGUUUAGCCAUUAAUCAAAGUUGCAAUAGUGUAAAAAUUUACAUGCAAAAUCUGACCACUUACAGUGAUUUACCAUAUUUGUUGAAGGAUGAUUUUGAUAUACGGAUUAUGAUGAGAUUAUCAAAGACACAUAAAAGGGAUCCGUUAUUUCUUACAGUGUUUACAAGGCCUACAGAAGGUAUAACUAAUAUGCAACAACAGCGAACUGAACCUAUGGAUGAUGCAAUAAACUCUGUGGAUAAUAUAUAUUCUGAGACACAGCCAGAGGGUAUGCCUGAGGGUGAUGGGGUUGAGGUUAUGAUACAUGAUGAAAUAAGAAGGCAGCAACGCCCUUUACGGGGUACAACAGAUAGAUGUGAUGAGAUGGAUACUAUUCUGAGAGAAAAUUUUCAACCAGAUGAGGAAGAAUAUGGUGGUUAUACUGAUUGGGAUAAUAGGGGUGAUGAUUUCAGGGAUAAUGGAAGUGAUAAUGAUAAUGGUGGUGAUGAGGAAUAUGGUGAUGCCGAUGAUGAUAAUGAUGAAAACAGAGGUCAUAAUGGGAGUGGACAUGAAGCAGGAGUUGGUCCAAGUAGAUUAGGUGAGGAAAGUUUAUUUCAUAACACUUCAACAAUGCAUGACCAACCUAUUCCUUUGAACGUAGAAGUUACAAAUCCUUUUUUCGGUGUUCCAGAUCCUUACAGGGAUAUAGAAAAUGAAGGUAUUGUAUUACAUUCAGUUCCACCACGAGAUGGGAGAAUCAAAGUAAAUGAUCAGUUCACAUCUAAACAGGUGUUGAUAGAUACGAUGUAUAGGGAUGCCUUAGAAAAAGGCUAUCAGAUCAAGGUGACUAGUUCGAACAAAAAAAGAUGGGAUAUCAAAUGUGCACAUGCUCAAUGUAAAUGGAAGGCAAGGGGAGUUAAAUUACAUAACACAGAUGUUUUUGUAUUACGAAAGUUAGAAGCUCACACAUGUCCUCGGGAUGUGAUAAUGCCUCACCACAGACAAGCAGGUAAACGGACACUUGGAAAAAUAUUGCAAUCUGUGUUUACUGCUUCUAAUCGAAUCUAUAGGCCAAAAGACAUUAUAACGGAUGUGGCAGAUAGAUACAAAAUAGAUAUCUCCUAUACUCAAGCUUGGCGUGCUAAGAAUUGGGCGUUGAAUGAGAUUAGAGGUUCUCCUGAAGAGUCGUUCAGACAAUUACCUGUAUAUUGUUACAAUUUGGAACAAAAAAACCCUGGCACCAUUACACACAUUGACACUGAUAUGGAUAAUCGGUUUCGUUUUGUCUUUAUGGCCUUAGGUUGCUCAAUUAGAGCAUUUCGAGAAUAUUGUCGUCCUGUUAUUUGUAUUGAUGGAUCCUUUUUAAAAGGACGUUAUUGGGGUACACUGUUUGUUGCUGUGGGUAAAGAUGGAAACAACCAAAUUUAUCCUUUGGCUUUUGGUGUAGGGGGAAAGGAAGAAACAAUGACUUGGACCCCUUUUUUGAGAGCGUUACAUGGGUGUAUAGGUGAUAUUCCAGAUUUGGCCAUCAUUUCAGAUAGACAUCAUGCUAUCAUUCACUCCGUGCGAGAAGUAUUCCCAAAUGCACACCACGGUUGGUGUAACCACCAUAUAAAAGGUAAUAUGCGAAGCAAGUAUAAACAGACAAAGCAUAUAGAUGGGUUGUUUUGGCGAGCAGCGAAAGCUUAUCGAUUACCAGAUUUUGAGGGUGCAAUGCGAAUGAUUAAUGAAGAAAAUCCUUCAGCAGGUGCAUAUUUACAGGGUAUAGACUAUGGACGUUGGGCCCGUGCUUAUUUCCCAGGUAUUCGAUAUAAUAUAAUGACAACAAAUAUUGCUGAGUCGUUUAAUGCCUUAGCACGACACGCACGAAAAUUACCGGUUAUGAUGCUACUUGAGUUUUUGCGUUCUACCAUUCAGAAAUGGUUUUACUCUCGGCGCACUAUGUCAGAGGCUUCUACUAAUAAACUCACUCCGUGGGCUGAGGAGAAAAUAGCAGGUCAUAUCCUAAAAUCAGCUAACAUGGUUGUCAAACCAAUAAGUAUGCACCGAUAUGAAGUCCACGGUGUGGCCCAAUCGAUCGCUAUAGUGGAUCUAUGUGCGCAAGAGUGUAGCUGUAAGAAAUUUCAAUUGUCACAUAUUUCGUGUACACACGUUGUAGCCGUGGCUAGGUUUCAGAAUCUUUCGGAUUGUUAUCAAUGGGUUAGUAAAUACUAUUCAACCGAAUAUUGGCAAGCAGUAUAUCGAGAGAGUGUUGAACCACUAGGAGAUCCUUCUGAAUGGUUACGUCCGGAGAAUCUUCCCGAGAUCCAGCCACCUCUAAUGCAGAAUCGUCGUUCAGGCCGACCGUCAGAACAAAGAAGGAGACCAUCGCAGGGGGAGGAAGUACGUCAACCUGUUUGUAGUCGGUGUCGCGAGCGUGGGCAUACUAGACUUACUUGUGCGAACCAUUUAUAA